AUGCAUCCAUCUCUUGAGCCCUACUGGGCUCUUAUCGAAGAUUUUGAUGCGUGGCCCACGGUGGUGGUGUUUGCUAUGUUUUUGAUAUGGGCUGUUGGUACAUACUGGUACUUGUUUGGCAAACGAAGCCCCUUCUCGCUGGAGUCAGUAAGGCCCCCAGGACCACUUGAGCUGGACCAGAAGAAAAGAGACAAAGUGUUGAGGCAAGGUUUCAGCAGGGAUAAGGUGCCAGAGAAACUGGAUGCCAUCGUGAUUGGUAGUGGAAUUGGUGGGUUAACAGUUGCAGCGACUCUUGCCAAGGUUGGGAAGAAAGUCCUGGUGCUUGAACAACAUGACAUGGCUGGAGGCUGUUGCCACACUUAUGAAGAGAAAGGCUUUGAGUUUGAUGUCGGGAUGCAUUACAUUGGUCAGCUACAUGAAAACAGCCUGUUUAGAAUUGCAUUUGACCAGAUCACAGAAGGUCAGCUGGAGUUUGUUGAACUGGAAAAGCAUUUUGAUACUAUUGUGAUUGGUACCGGUGAACAACGACGAGAUUACACUAUCCACACUGGAAAGACAGAAAUGUUGGAGCAUUUGAAGAAGCAGUUCCCUAAUGACACCAAUGCCCUGGAAGAGUUCUUUAAAAUUAUGAAGGUCUGUGCGAGGAAAACACAUUACUUGGCAACACUGAAGCUGAUCCCAAAAUGGCUGGCCCUCUUUCUGCUGAAGAGCGGUAUUGCUGACUACUGCUCCUCCGUCUUCCGUCUGUCGGCCAGCACUGCCGCUGAUGUGGUCAGCAGCCUGACCAGCAACAAGGACCUUCACAUCAUUUUCUCCUACUUCUUUUAUGGUGUGUCUCCCAAAGAGUCUAGCAGCAUGAUAAACGCUCUUCUGCUCCACCACUAUAAGCGUGGGGCAUACUACCCGAAGGGAGGAGCCAGUGAGAUCCCCUACCACAUCAUCCGUGUCAUUCAGAAAUAUGGGGGCAAUGCACUGGUCAGAGCCCCUGUCAGUCGCAUCUUGGUAAACAAGAAAGGGGCAGCGUACGGAGUGACUGUGAGGAAAGGUAAGGAAGAGGUGGAGGUGCUGGCUCCUGUUGUCAUCUCUAAUUGUGGCAUCUUCACUACGUUCCAGAAGCUUCUACCACCAGAGAUUCAAGCCAAGCCAGAGAUUCAGGAACGCCUUAGCACGAUGAAACUCGGCAGAGGCUCGUUCCUCAUGUUUCUAGGCUUUGACGCAACCGCCGAGGAACUUGACAUUGUCCCCACAAAUUUCUGGCUCUUCAAAGACAAUGACAUGGAUGACAUGAUGGAUAAGUUCUUCUGCCUGAGUAAAGAGGAGGCACCAGAAAACAUACCAAUGAUGUUUAUCACCUUCCCCUCUGCCAAAGAUCCUACUUCAAAGAUCCGUCACCCAGGGAAGUCAUGUAUGACAAUUCUGACCAUGGUUAAAUAUGAGUGGUUUGAGGAGUGGAAAGACACAACUGUGAGGAAGAGAGGAGAUGAUUACCAUAACUACAAGAUGAGAUUUGCCAACAAUCUCUUUGACUGGGCCUGUGUUCAUUUUCCCAAACUGAGAGACAAGGUGGUCUUCCAGGAAGUUGCAACUCCGUUGACUAACGUGCAUUACCUGGGAUCUCAGCGCGGCGCCAUGUAUUCUGCAGAACACAAUGUAGAACGUUUCCUGCCCGAGGUCAUUGCAAAGAACCGUUGUGAUACACCUGUCAAGAACCUCUACCUGUCAGGUCAGGAUGUGUUUAGCUGUGGUAUCGCUGGUGCAUUGCAUGGCGGACUCCUCUGUGCAUCCACGGUACUGGAUCACAUAGUCUACCUUGACCUCCUAUUUCUGAAGAAGAAACUAAAGAGGAGGAAGGCAAAAGAGAUGGCAAAAUUAGCAAAGAAGCUUCAGUGA